AUGGAGCUCACAGGUCUCCUCCUCACACUCUCCUCGAUCACAGUCACUCCUAACAGAUCUCAGUUCUUUAAGUACGAGUCUCUCUCUCUGAGCUGUGACGAGGACAGGAAGUCACCUUUAUGGAGAGUGAAGGCCAAAACAGCCCGAGGCGUCUCAGAGUGUGGACGUGACUGGGGCCACCUGCGAGGGUCGACCUGCUUUAUCAACGAAGCCUACAUCUGGAACAGUGGAGAGUACUGGUGUGAGUCCACAACGGGAGAGACAACUCCAGCUGCCAACAUCAGCAUCACCGGAAGUAACGUGAUCCUGGAGAGUCCUGUGUUUCCUGUGAUGGAGGGAGAAUCUGUGACUCUGCGCUGCACAACUCAGAGCAACUCCUCAAACCUGAGGGCCAGCAUCUUCAUGAAGGACAGAUCUCCUGUCGAUGCCAGCAUCACCAGGCAGAUGACCAUCCCGUCAGUGUCCAGGUCUGAUGGAGGCCUCUACAUGUGCGUGAUCAUCGAAGUCGGGGCGUCCACAGAGAGCUGGCUCACUGUCAGAGAGAGAGAAGAGGCAGGUCGACCAUCUGAUGGUUUUACUGGAAACGUGACAGCAGGUCCUGGUGCUCCUGCAACUCCCCUCCUGUCGGUCUCCAGACUGAUGUGCCACCUGGUGGUGGGAGCUCCUUACCUGGUGUCCACCGUCUUACUGGCUCUCAUAUACAGAGACAGAGCGAGAGCAGGAAAUACACCAGCCGUUACCAUGGAGAUGCCACGGCGCAUUGACAGAGGGCAGAGAUUGGCUAAUGAUUAUGUUAAUGUCUCCACUGAGCACGACCUCUGA